AUGGACCCAUAUCUAGUAAUCCAGCCAAAGAACGACCAAGAUAAACGUCAACAAUGGAAAUAUGAUGUUAAUGAAUCUACACUUAACACUAAACCUAUUAUAGCUGAUCCAAAAGCUCUUGGAUGCAAACAUCUCGAUACUCCAGUUGCUCCAAAAGCUCAAAGAUUUGUUUUUGUUAAAUGGACAGGUUAUAAACUUUAG